UCUUGAUUCUCGAAGCAAAAAAUGGAGAACAGUGUGAAUGCAGCAGCCAAAGUUCAGCACGUGACCAAAGCUUCGUCGGACGAGCUUCUGAGGAAGUUUGCGGAGGUAGAUUCUGAAUCGGAGGACAAGCGAGAGCUGCGAAUCGUCAAGCGCCGGAAAAGGAGCCAGCUCGCGGUGGCGGCAGCCGCCGGGAAAGAAGCGGUGGUGGAGAGGAAGUCCCUCCUCGCUCCGGCGGGCUCCAAGAGGUCGGCGGCGUUGAUUCGGCAUCUCGGAAUUGGGAAGGCCAGGGUCCGAGCUAGGGAGCUUAGGAACAAGUCUUUUUUGGGUACCAUAGAGAAGACAUGGAGAAAGACUAUUGGGGGAGCUUCCAAGGUCUACAUGGAGAAACAGUAUAACCGACACAAACGUCUUAUAAAUGACAUCUACUAGCUAGGUAAACCUUGUUAAAUGCUAAUUUUGCAGAACCCAUCUGUAAAGAAACUGCAAUGAGUUUUGGCUAUUCUUUGUAUUAGUGUAGCAGCAUUCUUUGAUUUGUCUAAUUAAAUC